ACUACCAGAAAACCUUUUCAAGAGGAACUCCGCACACCGAAAACUGUAAAUGUAUCCUCCACUUUUCCCAGGUCGGGUCGUUUAAGGAUGACUACCAUGUGAUUUCUUUCAGUUGAGGAUCUUACUCGUCAGGAAUUACUUUUUAUAUGAUGAAAAGACCGUUGCAUCGGUUUUGAAGAAGCUUUGGAAGUGCUGAAAAAUGAAAGUGAAAUGCGCAGAUACGACCUCAGCGAACUGAAGUAAUCACUUGAAAGAUUGCUAUACAUGCAAUGCGAUCUGGAUGUCCACACAGCUAAGGCGGGGCUAUUCUGCGUUCCAACACGGGAGUUCCGUUGGCACUCUUCCAUCGCCUCAUGACAUCACCGCAUGACAUCAAUGUUGAACCUAAACCAGUGGUUCACUCUGAGAAUGGACAACAAAAUAACAUGGUAGUCACUCAAUAUCCUGGAGUGGCUUACGGCCCAGCUCAGUUGCAGCAAGGCAAUGCACAAUCACGGCAACAUUUCCAGGGACUCCACCACCAACAGAACUUGCAGUCAAGCAUAGUUGACACUAUACCUGGGGAUAGUGCAUGUACUUCACAGAAGAGAUUCAACAAAAUAAGCAGAGAAGGAAAUGUUAAUUCAUCAGCAUGCGUCUCUGCACAGCACGGCAAUAAUAAUGGGACAUCGUCUAAUAAGAACUCUGUAAAACAUGUUGACUGUUCCAAUGUUCUUGGACCUUUCCUGAAAGGGUCAAAUUUGAGCAAUAAUACUGGAUUGCAACGAAGACAUUCGAAUAGUGCCUUAUCAGCUGCUACAAAUACUGCAGCACAGACAUUUCCUUUACAGUACCAGUAUUCUCCUUUGACUGCAGGCAAGUGGCAGACAUCUUCCCCACAGCUGUCUGCCUUAGUGAAAGAAAAUCCGUCAGAUUCCCAAACCUUUACUACCCCAUCUUCGUCACGUCAUGAAAGACACCGCAAAGGUUCACUCGCUUCUCUAAGCUGUGUACAGACUAAAACACGAAACGUGGAUCAUUUGGGAGGAACUUCCUCCCAUCAGCGGCAGGUCUCAUCUCCCUCUGGAGAAACUGAACUACCUACAGAUGAGGACAUUCAUGCCUUUAUUGCAAAAAGCCUCAAAUAUUUUUGGACUAUUACAAAUGAUGUGCAUUCCAAUAACGGGGACAGGGACUCCACGCUGCAGUCUGACUCCAUGCAGAAGGUUGACAGUUUUGCCCAUCGCCCAACAACAUCUGCCUCUUACAAAGAAGAUGCGGAGAGGCAAAGUCUCAACUAUGCGAUGAUUGAAGAGUUCCCUACUGUAGUCGGACCAGCAGUAGAGGGUGGUUCAAAGGCUAGUGAGUGUGCUGCAUCAGAGAAACAUUCAACAGAGUAUCCACAAAUUAUGACUAAAGUUUCUGCCACUUGCACAAAGAAUGAAGAUGGGAGGCCAGUGGUCGCCAAAGCAGUGCCUGGAUUGACCUGGGAUGAAGUGACUGAGAAGCAACUCAGUUCAAUGUUCAACGGCAGUUUGUCGGAGGAUACAUACAAGUCUCUUAGGUUAAAUAUUCACAACAAUUUGGAUGACGAAGGCCAAGUGCCUGGUGUUUCUUGGGCUCUCAAACACGUGAUUGAGAAAGGAGAUGCAGCCCUAAAACCAGUGGAGGCAGUAGGGUCAGACAGUGUGCAAGAUAUGACUGAUGUCUCAGAGGAUCUUCAAACUAGGUCAAGUUCAGUGGUUUCCCAAAACAUAACAUUGGAACCCACAUCACUCAUGGAAAAUCAAGAUGCAAAGAAAAACAUUGACGAUCAACAACAUUACACCAAUAUUUAUUCAUCAGUUGAUGAAAUUCAGAUUCAUAAUGUUGUAUCAAUUCCUACAAACUACAGUGAUGGGUUGAGCAACCUAAGAAGUUCCGAAGGUGCGAGGAAGAAUGCAUGUUCUGUGCUCUCUCAAACUGAUUUAAGUCUAGCCCUCUCUGAAAACGAAGUCAAAAGUCAUGCCCCUCUAUCUGAAGUACCCUUUGUAAAACAAUACGAAGACAUUACAGAUGAUGAAUCCCAACUCUCAAACACAGAGCAUGAGGAAUUGAGCUUUCUAGCAGGUUUAGAAGACUCUCAGCAUGACGAAGAAAGUCCACCAGAGUGUAUGGCUGUGGCUUCAUCUACACAAGUACGUGAACCCACUGAUGAGCAGUCACCUUUUGAAAAUGAAGGCGCUGGACAUGUGACUAAAUGGGACAGUGAGAGACCAUCAAACUCUGUCUCAUGUAGUCCUUUCUCUUGUUGUGACGAUGAUGAUGACGAAGACUAUAUGUUAUGCAUACCUUUAACCAUUUCAGACCUUACAUUUGAAUCUGAAGAUGAAGACCAGGAUAGGCAUGAAAAAAAUGUGCUCGAUGGUGGGGAAACAGGUGACCCUGUAACACUGUGUUACUCAAGUCCGACCCACUGUCAAUCUCUAAAACAAGUACUUGCUUCUGUUUCUUCACCGUUGAAGGUGUUUGACACACCUGCAAGUUUUUGUGAAGCUAUGCGACCUAAGAAAAUAUGUGAGGCAUCAGGCUGGAGCUCACAUAAACAUGAAAUGGACUCUGAGGGAGAAAGACCUGCACCUCAGAACAAGAGAGAGUCUGUAGAGAGCUGUGACACUGAAGACAGUUGUGAUUACUCAUCUGCAACCGAAAACAAUUAUUUGACAGUGUCACGGAAGUUGUUGAAGAAGAGGGCAGCACCUAAGCUCUCAGAUGAUUCUGGGUCUGAAAGUGAAGGCUAUGAGGGUACAUAUGUGCAACAAGGUCAAACCAGCACCGUGGACAUGUCCGGCUGUAUGCAAAGACAUAGUCCACAGAUUGAAGCCAAAGAUUGCUGCUCUAAGGAUGUUCAACCCAAGACCAAUGGCCUAAAUAUUCCUAAAAAUGAAGAUAUAAUUAUUAUUUCUGACUCAGAUGAUGAAAGUGACCAAAGCGAGGAUGAAAGUGACCAAAGCGAGGAUGAAAGUGGCAAAAAACAAACAAAAAGGAAGCGAUUGUUCUCUUCCAGUUCAGAGGACAGUGUCUCCCCAUCUAGUCAACAGAGACAUUGGCCCAAAACUGUGGACAGUCUGUGUGGAACUGUUGAAGAAAAGUUUAAAAUCAACAGACUGCCAUCUGCAGAAUCACCAGCAACAAAGCGGCAAUCUAAAUGUUUUGAUACACCGGUUGAAGAAGAGAUGUUGGAUGCAUACUCUAACCUAUCGCGCAGUACAGGAAAGAGUGGGGAGCUGUUUAAAACCAAAGCUGCCUCUGCGCAUAUUCAACACAAGACCAACAGCAUUAUAGUCAUUGACCCUGACACGGAGAAUGACGAUAACGACGAUGAAAAGCCAAGCAGGAAGAGAUUUUUGUCUUCAGGGUCAGACAGUGAUCAGAAGAGACGGUCACAUAAAACUGUGGACAGUGAUUAUGAAAUUGCGAAAGAAAAGCAUCAAGAAACCAGACCGUCUUCGGCAGACACAUCAAAUUCCCGGCACCAGUCUAAACUCCAUAAUACCCAACACAAGACCACCAGACCAACAACCACAAAAAGAAGAGUAGUUUUCCAUGAUUCUGACAAAGAGGUUAAAAAAAGCCAUUUCCGCAAAAAGAAGGCAAGUACAAAAAGAAUACACUCAUCAGGAUCAGAAGACUGUGGCAAUGAAUUAUUUGCUACAAAAAACAGACGUUUAACUGAAACUGACGACCGUCUUUGUCGAGAUGCUAACGAAAAGGCUAAAAAAAGCAGACUGUCAUUUGAAGAUUCACCAGAGAAGCAGUCCCAGUCUGUGGACAAGAAGGCCGACUCAACUUUAGGUUCUAAUCCUGUGAUUCCUCGCCUUGCUUUUGUGAAGCCUUCUCAACCCAAUAAAGACUUAUUAACACUUUUUAAAGAACCUAGAGAUGGAACUCUGUCCCCGAAGGCCUCCACAGCAUCCAGCAAAAAGACUUACUCCCUUGAAAAAGAAUUUAAAUUGCUCAAACCAAAACCUGCAAAUGAUGGACAACAUGCAAUAAAGAAUAAUGUUCAGGCCAAUGUACAAAAACAGUAUAGAAGACAGCUUUCCUUACCUAUGCAGGAAGGCUCAUCCACCUCCUUCAUGUCUUCAAUUGGAAAACUUUCUGAAGCCAGACAAAGCUCCUCCUCAAGAGAUUUGUCUGGAGAAAACACCACCUCCUCUCGUCUCCCUGCAUCCAAGCAGAGCACAUCUAUUCCCAGACAUUCGUCUUCAUCCAAACUACAGCGCUCUCUCUCUUACACAAACCCCUCAACACCAAAUAGUUCUUGCACUCCCACAAAAAGCCCAUCGCCAAUGCAAUCAUCAGCAAGUAAACAAGUGGCCAAAGUCUGGAAGAAUGGCUAUUUUCCAACCAGGAAAGAUAAAAAAUCGGAAGAGAACUUAAGAACCAGGAAUGACCACCAUGACGGGGCACGCAUACUGAGCAACAACUCUCACAAGUCUGCAACCCCCAUGAUGAAGAAGGCCAAGUGUGAUGCCAUACAGUUGACAAAGGCCAGAAGUCGUGACGUCCCAAGGAAACGAAGAUACUAUGGAGGUGAAGGUUACAAGUGGUCAGAAAAAUAAACCAUGGCAAAGACAACAAAAGGUUCCAGCAGGAAGGGGAAAAAGUGUAGCACCCAUUCAAGACUCCAUCAAUAAGAAAAGGGGGGCAGUGUCUACCAAUCCAAAUCAAGUUUGUCACUCCCAAAGGGACAGGUGGGUGAUUGGUGACACAGCAGUUAUCGCUUCGAUCUUUAGAUUUUUCUAUAUUUUAACUGUCCAUGCACACAUGUUUUUGAAUGUUUUGAAAGUAUUAUCUUUUAUCAGUGUAGUGUAUUCUACUUACUACUUUAACACAAAUUAUGUCUGCAACCCUAAUGCAUAUACCUAUCCACCUGGUGUGUUAAGUACAGCCUACUAUUAAAAAGCACAGACAAUGUAAGCACUAUAAUCAGUAUGUGUUCGGAACUUGUGUGUAUCUUAACUGCAGGAAUUCCUAAAAGCACAUGGUCUAUUAAGUUGUCAAACAUAAGUUUCCUGUUGCGCAGCUAACAAACAUAUCCCACUGGAUAAGAAGGAAUUAAGACUCACAAAAAAGGAAGGGGUUCUGCAGACCGCUGAUGUUCACUGCUUUGUAAAUAAAGUAAACUUCAUGAAGCCAA